AUGUCAGUGAAAGAGGCCCUAUGUAUUGUGUCGAAAGUUUUCGAAGGGAACAAGAAGGAUUUAAGAGAAUUUAUCGAAAAUGUAGAUGCAGCUUUUGAAUUAGUAAAGCCUGAGGAACACGAAACGUUAUUGAAGUUCGUGAAAGCAAAGAUAACCGGUGAAGCUAGGUCGAGAUUGCAGGUGCGUGAACGCACAGGUACGUGGCAAGAGGUGAAACGCGUUUUGGAAGAGAAUUAUGCCAGUAAGCGUACUAUAGACUAUUACGCUUGUAAAAUUUUUCAAGCCAGACAAGGACAAGGGGAACCAAUAGCAAUGUGGGCAAGCAGAAUUGAUGAAAUGCAGAGAGACUUUCGAGAAGCAGUAAAUAGAGUUACGGCCCGAGAAAACUUGAAAGGUGCAAUAGAACUAGUUGACUCCCUAGGAAGAGCGUGUUUUAUACAGGGUUUAAGUAAUGACAGAAUACAGACAAUAGUGAGAAGCAGAGGCGACGAAAUCACGUUGGCAGCAGCAGUGGAAUUGGCACUGCAGGAAGAGAGUGCGAUAUUGUCUAUGAGAGAGCGGGGACUAGCCCCGAGGGUCACGUACACUCGAAAUAAGGAAGCUCAGCGCGGGACAGUGCGGGCGCAGAGACAGCGCGGAGCAGUGCGGAACAGCGCGGGACAGCGCGGGCACAAAGAGAGCGCGGAGCAGCGCGGGACAGCGCGGGACAGCGCGGGCACAAAGAGAGCGCGGAGCAGCGCGGGACAGCGCGGGCACAAGGAGAGCGCGAAGCAGCGCAGGACGACGCGAGCCAACAGAGCAGACGGCGCACCACAAAAGAAGCGGUAA